AUGGAUGCUCAGGUGAAGACUUUAUUGCUAACUUUGAGAAAGACAAUAUCAAAUUUGCAGAAUAAACAUGAUUUCUUAAAAGAUCAGAGGGAACAAUACAUUCAAAUAAGAGAAAAGUUACUCUCUUUGGACCAAGAUAAUGAAGAUACAGAUGCCGAAUCUGAUAAGGACAAUGGACUAAUAUUCGGUGAUGUUAUUAUCUCAUCGAGAAAAGUUUACUUAAACAUUGGCUAUGAAUACUACGUUGAGAAAAGUAAAACAGAAGCCUUAGAAUUCGUGGAAGAUAAAUUGAAUUUAAUGGAGGAAGCCAUAACUCAGUUUGACUCAAAAAUUGAAGAGGCCAAGGGAACAUUAUACAAUUUUGAGACCUUGUCCAAUCUAGACAAGGAAACUGCAACACAUGCUCCAGAGGGAAAUGAACAAGAAAUUACGGAUGAUAGUCUACCAUCCAUGGAAAUCAGAGAAGAGCUAGAUGAAGAAGGAAAUAUAAUUAAUAGUACUGUGAGGCCGACUGCAAAUGGAAAUACCGUCAAGGAUAUUGAAACCAACCUACUCCAUGAAACCGAUGAUAAAAGAAUACCAAAAGAUAAUCAGAUAGAUAAUAAACCUGAACCUCAACAUCAAAAAGUAAACGAUACCACAUUUGCAGAAAAUUUAAGGGGAAAACUAUUGUCAAACUCACCUAUUGAAGAGAGGAUAAAUAGCGAAACGGUUCGAACGGGAAACCCUGAACAUACAGCGAUUGAUACUGAUACUAUGUAUACCUUUGCUGAUCUUGUGCAGCAGUUAGAUGAACAAGAUGAAAGAGAAGAUGGUGAUAUAAAUUCUGAUGAAAUUGAGUAUGACUAUGAUGCAUUUGAGAAUGAUGAGAAAGAAGAGGACGAAGAUGAAGAAAAUAAUAUACCUUUAGUACCUGGAAUUGCUGCACAAAAUUCGUUUUUGGAUCAAAUUCGUAAAUUACGUGCUUCUAAGUUGCAACAAAUAGAACCUGAGAAGAAGAUAGAAGAAGAUAUUGAUGAAGAAAAACAGAGUGAAAUCACUGAAGCUAAAAGCAAAUCCAUUUUAAAAUCUACAGUCAAGGAAGACGAUAUAUCGAAGUCAAAGAAAAGAGUUGGCUUUGCAUCUGAAUUGGAAGUUCACGAGGUUGAAAGUUUCAAAGAAGAAACGAAAAAGCAGACUCAUAAUUUCCCUCGUCCUGGAUUGAGUAUGUUUGAUGGUAUGGGUGGAUUUACUGAAAAUGCUGACACUACCGAUGAUUUUGAUAGUGAUUUGUUUGCUCAAAUGUUAGGUGUCCAAGGACCAGAUGAAAUGCACGAGAAUUACAAAGAACGUUUGGAACAAGAGCAACAACAAUAUGAGAUGCACGAAAAUAAUGAAAGACGAAAGAAUCGUGUAUCUCGGUUUAAAUUAGAUAGAGGAAGUAGGAACAAGAGUUCAGAGCGAGAUGAUAGAGCAAGUUCGACGUCCGCUGCAGUAAAUGAUAUUAUCGAAAACAAACCUGUUGAUACUUUAAUCAUGGAAGACAUACUGGAGAAACCUGCAACUAUAGCUGAAUCGGUACCUGUCGUUCAAGAUAUUAUAGAGAAAGAGGUGGAAGCCACCCCAUUUGAUGAGAGUAAUAGUGACAGUUAUCAUCAACCAAAAAAAGAAAAGAAAGUAAGCAAAUUUUCUCAACAAAGGAGGGAAUCUGCUUCAUCUAAUGGUGGAGAUAAAGAGAAAACCUCGCAUGCAAACACAAUCGGAGUUUCAGAACAACAACCUCAGAAGAAAAAGAUAUUCAGUAAAAAGAUGAAUUCUUUACAGAAACCUAAGGUUAAGAAAAAUUGUACUCAUUCAUCAAAAAUGAGUGCUGAAACACAGGCACUCAUGGAAAAAAGCGAUGAGGAUGAAGAUAAUAAAGAGGAAAGUAUUGCGCCAAAGGAUGAAAAUUCCACUCCUAAAAUCACUGAAGUAUCGAGAUCUUCUCUUACUAACGGAGAAAAUGAGGAUAUAUUUCCAGGAGAGAUUAAAGAAGCUAUUGAUUCAUUUGGGAAAGACCUAGAAGAAAAUGUUAAAAUUGCCAAUAUUGAUUAUGCCACUCUUGGUGAAAAUAUGGACGAUAUGGUCAAGGCAUACUCCCUAGGAUUAUAUGACGAUGACUUAGUAGAAGAGGACCCAGGGACCAUUGUCGAACACUUAGAAGAUUUUAAGAAAUACAAUGAUGAAGUGGAAGAAUUGAAAGAUAUCAUUGAAGACUUUAAAUUGUCAAACCCUGUUAAGUAUGAAAAAGAGCAAAAUGAGGAGAAAUUGCCUGAAACUGAUGAUAAUGCCAUGAUGACAGAUAUUAUUGAGCAUGAUGUUCCCGAGAAUUACAGCUCCGAAGAGGAAAUGGAUUUAGGAUUGCAACAAGAUAAACUUCAAGAAUCGAUUAAUAUCGAAUAUCAUCGCCUAAAGGAACAUAUGGUUGCUAAAUACUCGACUGCUAAUAAUGGAACAGAGACUGAGAGAGGGGAAGCGUUAGAGCCAAUUGAUGAAUUUGGUAACCUUGUGACAACAAGCAGAUUCAAGUCUCAACGUAUUUUGUUCAGUGAUAAGCGAUAG